AUGAACAACCCUGACGCCAUUGCGCCGUCCACCGCUGCGCAGACGAGGAACGGACAUGAUGUCGCCAACCGCCGUGCAAGUUGCAGCUCUGAGAACUCCCAGACUGCAAAAGAAUUCAUCGAAUCUCAGAUGCGCCUUGAGGCCGAUGCUCGAGAAAUCCUUCCCUAUUCAUUCGACUCUUGUACGAAAGCUCUCGGCCCGCUACGACAAAGCCUCUUCGCUUGUUUGACCUGCAACCCUCCUCCCUCGACCGCGGAUACGUCAUACACCCCGGCAGGUGUGUGCUACUCAUGCUCCAUCGCUUGCCACGGAGAACAUACACUUGUCGAACUAUUUAACAAAAGAAAUUUCGUUUGUGACUGUGGGACGACCCGCGUUCCAGCAUCCACCCCGUGCACGCUUCGAAGCGAUUCUAAGACUGGCGCAAAGGGUGUGCACUCGGAGGAACCGCACGUGGGCAACCGAUACAACGGCAAUUUUCAGAACAAAUUCUGCGGCUGUGGAGAGGACUACGACGCGCAUGAAGAAAAAGGUACUAUGUUUCAAUGUCUUGGUCUAGGAACAUUUGAGACGGGUGGUUGUGGUGAGGACUGGUGGCAUCCCGAAUGCCUUAUCGGUCUUUCACGGGAUUGGUAUAAGGAUUUGAAAAAGAAGGAGAGAACCGAACACGACACUUCUACUGAAAAAGUCAUUGUUGGUGAUGAUGAUGAUGAUGAUGAAACGCCCCUUCCUCCUGGAUUCCCCGCGGAAGAUGAUUUCGAGACCUUCAUAUGCUACAAGUGCAUCGAGUCCAACUCUUGGUUGAAAAAAUAUGCCGGAACACCGGGAUUCCUCCCUCCUAUCUUCAAAGAAGGUGGAUUGCCAAAGUCCACAGAGCAAGACCGUGUACCUGUGCCGGGACAGUCGGCUCUGAACCCAGAAAGUGACUCCAACAGCAACCCCAAGAAACGCAAGGCAGAGGACGACGACGACGACGACGACGACGCAGAAUCAGGGAACGAACCCGUUUCCAAGCGACCCAAAGAAGACAACGAAAACAAAGACACCUCCAUCCCUGAACUCCCAGAACAUCAACUCAAAUCAGAACCCGAGCAACAAUCCACAGCCCAAAAACCCAAACAUGAAUCUCUCCCUCAAACUCCACCCUCCGGCGUCUUCUCCCUCUUCGUCAAAGAAGACUUCCGGGACCACUUUUGCCGCUGCCCCGAAUGCUACCCAAAUCUAGCCCAGCACCUCCAACUCCGCGAGGAAGAAGAGACCUACGAACCCCCCCUCUCAGAAGACGGCGGCAACGGUGGGGGAAGCACGGGUACCGGGAGCCUUAUUGACCGCGGGGAAGCUGCUCUGAGCAACAUCGAUCGGGUCCGUGCAAUUGAAGGUGCAAUGGUCUACAAUCACUUACGCGACAAGGUUAAGGAGUUUCUGAAGCCGUUCGCGGAGAGCGGCACGGCAGUUGGGGCGGAUGAUAUCAAGGCUUACUUUGAGAAACUUCGAGGCGAUGAACAACAUAUUAAAGAAGCAGCUGGUAGGGCAUAUGCGUCAAACAGCAAAAAUGCUGGUGCUGAUGAUGAUAAUGAUGGCGGUAACAAUCGUAGAGAACAGAGUGGUUAUUAA